AAGGCCGAUACGGAUCCAAACCAAAAUCUCAAAAGCAGAUUUAGCAGACCAAAAUGGCGCAAGAAGCAAGGCUUAAACUGCGAAUGCAAAAGGAGCUCAAGCUUCUCCUCGACGACCCUCCUCACGGCGCUUCCUUCCCCUUUCUAUCCUCUCAAUCUGAUAUCACCGAUCUCUCCUCCAUCGACGCCCAAAUAGAAGGUCCUGACGAAACUGUAUACAGCAAAGGAAUCUUCAAGAUUAAGAUUCAGAUACCUGAAAGGUAUCCGCUUCAGCCUCCGAUUGUGACCUUUGCGACGCCUAUUUAUCACCCGAACAUCGAUAACGGAGGUCGAAUUUGCCUUGAUAUCCUCAAUCUUCCACCCAAGGGGGCAUGGCAACCGUCGUUGAACAUUUCAACAGUGCUUACAAGUAUUAGGCUAUUGCUCAGUGAACCAAAUCCCGAUGACGGUCUAAUGUGUGAAGCAAGUAGGGAAUACAAAUAUAAUAGACAAGCUUUUGAUUAUAAAGCACGAUCAAUGACUGAGAAAUUUGCCACGGCUGGAGCUGGAGAAAGCAGUUGCAGCAAUCAAUGCACUGAAUCUAAACCAGAUUCAACGCCGGUGGAAGUUCAAGGAUUGAACCAGGAACCAAACCAUGCUGCUCAGGAGUUUAAUCCUAGCCAUAAAAGAUCACAUGGCAUUAGCCAGAAGUUAUCACUUGAGUCUACCAUCUCAAACAAGAAAAGAGCUGCUGAUCUGAAGGUGCCAGAUCAUUAUUUAUCUCUCUCGGUACCGAUAACUCUGUCUGACUGUAAGCGAAAAAGGGACCAGGAAAAUGAUGUGCUGAACGAAUACAACUUGAACCAAGAUGAAGUUAAUGAAAAUGGCCGGAAAUCGUGUUCGAAAAUGUCUGAUCGGUACAAUGAUGACUUUGAUAACAAGGAAAAUGUGGACCCAAAUUACUUAUUCACACACCAGGCUUCUUGUCAGGCUAACCGCAAUCAACAACAUGACCAGGACGAAGAUCGUAAUUCAGGAAACAGCAGCACAAAGGUCAACACAAAACCUUGUCAAAUGCAGAAACAACCAUUUGGGUCUAGGGAACCAAUGCAAACAUGUGACAACACCAAAGUACUCGGCACCGAAAACAUCUCUGCGAAUAAGAAACCGGAGAAGCUCAGUUCUGUAGGUAAGAAGCUUUCACUGGGACUGAAAGGCUCAUCAUAUAGGCAACAAGUGGUUAACAAGGAGAAUGUGAUGCCAGCACAGAGCUUGCCACAUUCAAAGCCCCAAAAUCCUGGAAAAAAGCGGCUCGGUCGUAAGCAACAGGGCUCGGAACCUAUCCAGAAGAAGCAGCCCCAUCAAGUUGCUCAAAGUAUGCAAACUGAUGUGUUGGAAGAAGAAUAUUCAAUAUCUGAAAAUGUAGUUGUUCUAGAUAGUGAAGAAAGCGAAGAGGAGGAGAAGACUGCCACAUUGAGGACGAGAAGGGCACUAGCAGCACGGAAACGCCUUGGGAAGUGGAGGGUUUAAGGCUUGAAUCAAAGUAGUUAUAGGGUUUC